AUUCCCCAAAAAAACCCUCGCCCGACUCAAUUCUAUACAUUCACAAAUUUGAAUCUCUCUCUCUCUCUCUCACACACACACACACACACUCCAGUUCUCGCAUCUCACAACAAUUUCAUCAAUCAAUCUCAACUACUGCAUACUUCGAAUGUUCUGUGUUUCCGGUGAAAUAUACUAACCUGUUCGAUCUGAAACAGGUUGUGAAAUCGGAGUUUUAGAGGUCGUUACCUCCAUUGUCAAUUUCUUAUCACACAUACAGAAAUUGAAAUCCAGUCUGCAAGUUUUGCAUCUAUCUUUGUAAGUUCGCUAUGGAGGAUGUGUUAAUUGACUGUGUACAGAACAGUCUGCGGCAUCUAUUAUGCCACAAUGCUAUUUUCAUGUGUGAACGACUCUGCUCUGAGUUUCCCUCUGAGACAAACUUGCAAUUGUUGGCCGCAUGUUACCUACAAAGCAAUCAAGCUUACUCGGCUUACCAUAUUUUGAAAGGUACACAAAUGCCUCAGUCCAGAUACUUGUUUGCAAUAUCAUGCUUUCAGAUGGAUCUCCUCAAUGAAGCCGAAAUAGCAUUAUGCCCUUCUAAUGAACCCAGUGCAGAGGUCCCAAAUGGCGCAGCUGGUCAUUAUCUUCUUGGGCUCAUAUACAGAUACACAGAUCGAUUGAAAAAGGCUGCUCAUCAAUUUAACCAGGCUUUAUCAAUAGAUCCUUUGUUGUGGUCUGCAUAUGAGGAGUUGUGUAAAUUAGGAGCUGCUGGAGAAGCAACAUCAGUGUUUGGGGACGCUGCUGCUGAAUGCAUACAAAAACAGUACCUAAGUCAUGAAGUGGGUCCCCAAUUGCAGGCAUCCGGUGAUGAUCAUAGUGUAGCUUCUGGUAGACAAGUGGCUGAACAUGUUAGCCCAAGACAAUUGAGACAUCUGCAUAGCAAUAACAUUAAGGAUAAUUCCUUAAAUCAUAAUGGUGCUGUUUGCCGUCCUGUUGCUAGCCAACCCAAUAACGGUGUCCAUGCUAACACUCCGUUUUAUACCACUCCUUCCCCAAUGGCUACUCAGCUGUCAAGUGUGUCCCACUCCCCACCACCAAUAGGUAGAAACAUGCUCCCAAACGGUCCGACCUCAAGUUCUGUUUAUGCUGACACGUCACCAAAGUCAACCGUUAAAUCUACCAUUCAAGCUCCUCCUAGAAGAAAAUUUGUGGAUGAGGGGAAGCUAAAAAAGAUAUCAGGAAGGUUGUUCUCCGAUUCCGGUCCUAGAAGAAGCACACGACUCGCUGGAGAAGGUGGACCAACUGCAAAUAUAAGCGGGAUCACUGUAGCUGGAAACGGAAACGGAACUAAUCAUUUGUCUAAAUAUCCGACGGCUAUUUCUAAGUUAGGCUCUGCAGCAUUUCGUUCUGUUACUGUUAGAAAAGUGUCACAGUCUUGGUCUACUGAAUCUUUUAAUGAAGGGGUUCGGUCUGAGCUUGAUGACACUCGUUCAAAUACUACUACAACCACUUCUGGUUCAUCCUCGCCACCUGGCACCAGGUCUUGUGAACAUGAUGGUUCAAUGGGCCAGGCUUCCAUGAGUGUAUCGAAAGUUGCUAGUGGUGCUUUUGAUGUAUUGUCGCUUUUGAAAAUCAUCGGUGAAGGUUACAGACUUUCUUGUCUGUACAGGUGUCAGGAUGCACUUGAUGUAUUUCUACAACUUCCUCCUAAGCAUUAUAACACUGGCUGGGUGCUCUCUCAGGUUGGAAAAGCGCGUUUCGAACUGGUUGAUUAUCUAGAAGCUGAGCGUGCCUUUAGCAGUGCUCGUUUGGCUUCUCCUUAUAGCUUAGAAGGAAUGGAUAUAUAUUCUACUGUUCUAUAUCACCUGAAGGAGGAUAUGAGGUUGAGUUAUUUAGCACAGGAGCUAAUAUCAACCGAUCGCUUAGCCCCUCAGUCAUGGUGUGCAAUGGGAAAUUGUUAUAGCAUGCAGAAAGACCAUGAAACCGCUCUAAAAAACUUUCAACGAGCAGUGCAUCUAAAUUCUAGAUUCGUCUAUGCUCACACCCUAUGUGGUCACGAAUAUGUGGCUUUGGAGGAUUUUGAGAAUGGAAUUGGAAGUUACCAAAAUGCCCUUCAAAUAGAUCCCAGACAUUAUAACGCAUGGCAUGGUCUUGCAAUGAUAUAUCUUCGCCAGGAGAAAUACGAAUUCUCAAAGCAUCAUUUUCAUAGGGCUUUGAAUAUAAACCCUCGUUCUUCUGUUAUAAUGACUUAUCUCGGGACUUCUUUACAUGCGUUAAAGAGAAAUGACGAAGCUUUAUCGAUGAUGGAAAAGGCUAUAAUAGCAGAUACGAAGAACCCUCUACCCAUGUAUCAAAAAGCAACUAUUCUUGUAAUGAUGGAGGAGUUUGACGAUGCUUUAACUGUUUUAGAAGAACUUAAAGAGUACGCGCCUCAUGAAAGCAGUGUAUAUGCGUUAAUGGGAAAGAUAUAUAAAUAUCGCUCUAUGUAUGACAUGGCCAUGCUUCAUUUUGGUCUAGCUUUGGAUUUGAAGCCUUCUGCAACUGAUGUGGCUACUAUCAAGGCUGCCAUUGAGAAGUUACAUAUACCUGAUGAAUUAGAUGACAACUUAUAGAGCUCGUAUGCAACUCGACUCAAGACCCGUCUGUAUAAUACUUUCCAUCAAUGGUAUUGAUACAACGUAUCUCAAUUCCGUUAUGGACCGAAGCUCAUUAGAUUGAGGUACAUGCAGUGUUGAAGAUUGAUGAUACCGUCUAGGUGAACAUUAGUUAUCCCCUUUACAUUGUAUUCUUUCCUAGGAUCGACUUUUUCAUCAUUUUUACUUCAUCUUGUUGUUGAGAUGUGUUGAAUUCAUCGGGUAGUGUAUUUUUUUGUCGCCUUAAUAAGAGUUGAUUGUUGACAACUCUUUUGUACGAGAUAAAUAUAAUAUGUGAUUAAAGGA